GCAAUCAGGUCCUGAAAAAGCAAAGCAGCAGCAAUUUCCACUUUGCGUCAUUUCCUUGUAAUUCACUCAAACAAACAGCCCUCCAGUUCGGGGUUUUUGAGAUCCCAAGAGGAAGAAAGUGAGAAUUUCAAUCUAGCGUAGUAUUCAAAGUCAUUAUUAUUUGUUAAUUCUUUUUCUUUGUAAGCAUAUUCUGAUCUGAUCAGGGUUCUAUGGACUCAGUCUAGUCAAUAAAAACUUUCCCAGAAAAUUGUGCCAGUCGAUAUCUUACCCAGAAGCAAACAGCGUAUCUCUCGGUUUUUCCGUUUGUUUCCUUGUCUUUCGACAGUGGGCAGUAUCAAGCUCUCUUAGCCAGGACAUCAUUGCGGGGAAAUUUGAUAGAUUACUGGUGUAGCCGGAGUGGCGCUAAUAGCUUUACCAUCAUCUACAUACAUCUAUGUUUGGAGGUCUCGUGGCAGCUCCUAUCAAUAGCCCGCAUUUAAGGAAGUCUGGUGGCAGAGCUAUUGUCUCUCAUCUUGCUGAUGAACUGGGAAAUGGUGUUGAGGAUGGUCACUUGCAUCCCAUAGAGGUAAAUGGUCUGAAGAGUGCAAGUACACCGAUGGUUACUGUUGCAAUAGCGCCAUCACCUAUGUUAUUAUGGAGAUUCAAGGUACUAUUGUUCCUACUCUGGGCUUUCAUCUGCAGUAAGAUUGGUUGGCAUUCUGUGAUGCGAAUGAGUGUCGACUUACGGGACCUAUUUCUAUAUGAGGCAUUUUUGUAUUAUAAUCCUCUUCUUCUUGUGACUACAAUGGUAUGGCUCUGGGGAAUCAAUUUAUGGGUGUUUUCUCAGUCUAAUGUCAAUUAUGCCAAAAUUUUUGAUCUUGAUCAGAAUCAUCUUACUCAUAGAGAAAUAUGGAAGGAUUUCAAUAUGUUUGACAUUCGUGUAGCUAAGUGUGCUACCUGGAUGACUAUCAUUGUUCCGACUAGUAUGACAGCAUAUCUUUAUCUUUAUUCUCAUGGAGAAGUGUUGUUGGCUGCCUCACAACCAGUGCUUUUAUAUUUUGCUGUUGUGAUGAUUUUGAUAUUCCCUUUUGACAUAUUUUAUUUUUCAUCCCGUUACUACUUGCUAAGGACUCUUUGGCGGAUAGUUCUUCCGUUACAGGCAAUAUCUUUUUCUGACUUCUUCCUGGCUGAUAUUUUGACUUCGAUGGCAAAGGUUUUUUCUGAUUUGGAGCGCUCAGUUUGUAGAAUGGUCCAUCGACAGGUUGCCACUAUUGCCUGGUUUGAAGCUGAUUCUGUUUGUGGGAGUCACUCCAUUGCAAUCCCUUUAGUGCUCGUUUUGCCCUACCUUUUCCGGUUUUUCCAAUGUCUUCGACAAUACAAGGAUUCCGGUGAAAGAUCAACGCUUUUAAAUGCACUGAAAUAUUCGACGGCAGUGCCUGUGAUUUUUCUUUCAGCCCUUAAAUACCAUGUCUUACCUGAUAGCUGGAUUAAUUUUUAUCGUCCUCUAUGGCUUCUUUCGAGUGUUUUGAAUUCAUUGUAUUCAUUUUAUUGGGAUGUGACACGAGAUUGGGACUUGAGUGGCUUCACUAGUAUUUUCAAGUUCAAUAAAUCCCAACUCUGCUCUCACCUUUUACACGGAAGAAUAUGGGUAUAUAUUUGGGUGAUAGGAAGCAACUUGAUCCUGCGUUGCACAUGGACAUACAAACUGUCAGCUCAUCUCCGUCAUAACUACCUUACUGUGUUUACUAUUGGUGCCUUGGAGAUUUUCCGCCGUUUCCAAUGGAUUUUCUUCCGUGUAGAGAAUGAGUGGAAUAAAAUGAACUCCAGGUCAAACAUUCAGCCCUCCUUGAAUGAUCCAACCAAUGAGGAAGUGAAAUUACUUGCUUCAGAUGGCCACAAUGUAUAGAUCAAAGAGUGAUUGUCUUUGAUAACAGCUUCAUGGAGGUUCAUUAUCAUAUGAUUGAUAACCUCCCUAUUUUUGCCAAAAGAAAGCUUUGAUCAGUCAUUUUUGAAUUAUCUACAUGGUCACAUCAAAUUUUUUUUAUUCAUUCAUACUUACUAGGAGUAGUUGCAAGUUUUUUUUUUUUUUUUGAAAAUUUUGAAAAUAUAUCUGGAAGCUUUUUUUCGAAAAUUCAUUCUGCUGCUUGCAUAUUGGAGAAUUUCCUGAGGUUGUA